CACAAAGCAGAAAGACAACAACAGGACUCACCAGUCAAAACAAAGCGGAAAGCCAGAGCUGAAAGAGAAACGCUGUUGAUCUUCGGAGAAGAAGCAUUAAGAUUCUUUUAGGGUUUUUGUUUGUUUUUUUUUACUGCAAACCGUAAAAAUUUGAUAUACUUGCUACGUUGCAGCAGUCUGCACUAGAUCUCAUCAUGAGAGCUUUAGUUGUGUGCUUGUUUUUGGGGAUAAGCUUGCAGGAUGGAUGGAGCCUGCCCCUCAAGUCUGUCUUCGUUACCUUCCCAGGAGACAUCCUCAAAAACAUGACUGAUAACGAGCUGGCGGAAACUUACCUCAAGAGGUUUGGCUACAUUGACACCGAGCACCGCAGUGGCUUCCAGUCUAUGGUGUCCACCUCCAAGGCUUUGAAGAGGAUGCAGAGGCAGAUGGGGCUGGAGGAGACCGGACAGCUGGAUUCGCCAACCCUGGAGGCCAUGAAGCAGCCUCGCUGUGGGGUUGUGGACGUGGCCAACUAUCAAACCUUUGAGGGAGACCUUAAAUGGGACCAUAACGACGUUUCAUACAGGAUCCUCAACUAUUCUCCAGACAUGGAGAGCUCUCUGAUUGAUGACGCCUUCGCCAGAGCCUUUAAGGUGUGGAGUGACGUAACCCCUCUGACCUUCACUCGCUUCUUUGAAGGCACAGCCGACAUCAUGAUUUCAUUUGGAAAAGCCGACCAUGGGGAUCCGUACCCAUUUGAUGGUAAGGAUGGCCUUCUAGCCCACGCCUAUCCCCCUGGUCAGGGUGUGCAGGGAGAUGCCCACUUUGACGAUGAUGAGUUCUGGACUUUGGGAAAGGGACCAGCUGUGAAGACUCUCUACGGGAACGCAGAUGGUGCCAUGUGCCACUUCCCCUUCCUCUUCGAGGGCAAAUCUUACACCACCUGUACCACUGAGGGCCGCACGGACAACCUGCCAUGGUGCGCCACCACCGCCGACUACGACAGGGACCAGAAAUUCGGCUUCUGCCCCAGCGAACUUCUGUACACAUUUGGAGGAAAUGCCGACGGAGCUCAGUGUGUCUUCCCCUUCACCUUUCUGGGGGAGGAGUAUGACAGCUGUACCACAGAGGGCCGUAGCGAUGGUUACCGCUGGUGUGCCACCACAAGCAACUUUGACAAAGACAAGAAAUAUGGGUUCUGUCCCAGUCGUGACACCGCUGUAAUUGGUGGAAAUGCAGAGGGCGAGCCCUGCCACUUCCCCUUUGUGUUCUUGGGUGAGGAGUAUAACUCAUGCACAAGCGAGGGACGGGGAGAUGGCAAGUUGUGGUGCAGUACCACUGCCAGCUAUGAUGCGGACAAGAAAUGGGGUUUCUGUCCUGACCAGGGUUAUAGUCUGUUCCUGGUGGCAGCUCAUGAGUUUGGACAUGCCCUUGGUCUGGAUCACUCCAAUAUUAGAGAUGCUCUCAUGUACCCCAUGUACAGCUAUGUGGAAGACUUCUCUCUGCAUGAAGACGACGUUGAGGGCAUCCAGUACCUCUAUGGACCCAAAGAAGGCCCCAAUCCCACCCCACCUCAACCCAACACACCUGCCACUACUCCCUACCCCGAUGAGACCGACCCCACAGAAAAUCCCGGACCCACCGAAUCCCCCACCACGCUGCCUGUGGAUCCAACCAAAGACGCCUGCAAGAUCAACAGCUUUGACACCAUCACUGUGAUUCAGGGAGAUCUUCAUUUCUUCAAGGAUGGGUAUUUCUGGAGGAAGUCUAGCAAGGGUGAUGGAAGUCUCAAGGGACCCAUUGCUAUUUCUCAGAAGUGGCCGGCUCUGCCAGCUGUCAUUAACUCUGCUUUCGAGGAUGUUCUCACCAAGAAAGUGUACUUCUUCUCAGGGACUAGAUUCUGGGUGUACACAGGCCAGAACGUUCUUGGCCCCCGCAGCAUUGAGAAGCUCGGCCUGCCCAACACCAUCCAGAAGGUGGAGGGAGCUCUGCAGAGAGGAAAAGGCAAAGUGCUGCUCUUCAGUGGAGAGAACUUCUGGAGGCUGGACGUGAAGGCCCAGACAAUCGACAAAGGCUUCCCCAAAUAUACUGACAUCGUCUUUGGUGGCGUCCCCAACGAUGCUCACGAUGUGUUUCAGUACAAUGGACACAUCUACUUCUGCCGGGAUCGUUUCUACUGGCGGAUGAAUUCCCGCAAGCAGGUGGACCGUGUUGGCUACGUGAAAUAUGACCUCCUCAGUUGCUCAGAUCCCUCAAGCUCUCGCUACUGAGGUGAUGAAUGCACAGAUGAGCUGGAAUUUGUCUGUAAUGUUGUAGCACGCAUUCUCUCUCCUGUGCAGGUGUCAGGGAGAAUGUGAUACAGUGUCCAUCUAUAGCAGCAAUUGUAUGUGUGUGCUUUCUGGGAAGUGAAUAAUUGGCCCUCACAGUUAUUGGCCAAUUUUAAUUGGCCUAAUUGUAAGUCAAAAGCCCAGAGCAAGAAAGAAAAUAUAAGUAUACUUUGUCCCUGCCCUUACUCUGACAAUCUGUGAACUUCUGGUUAUGGUGGCCUAAAAUUUAAGACCCAUAACCGAGUGCCGUCUGGAUGAGAUUCCAGAUUCUGAUCAUUUCUAUUAUGUCUGACAGGUUCAGAUUAACAGUAUUAGAAUAUUUUGGUAUUUAUAGUAAUAUCUCAAUUUAAUAUUAUUUUUGUGUCUCAAGCUUAUUUGUUUUGUAUAAUUACUGUGUUUUUUUUUCUUCUUCUGAAAAUGGCUUCAAAGCCCAUUACUUGCACUGGAAGACAAUGCUUGUCUCCUUCACUGAAAUUAUUUAUGAGUCCUGUAAUUUUUCUAUUAAUGUUUCAACUUUCAAUGCAAUAAAACUUCAGUGAGAACAACCUA